UAUAUCACACGCGCUUAAGAAUAGAAAGAGAAAGAAAAGAAAAUCACUCACGAAGGAAUGGCGAGCGAGGUAGCGAUGGAACCCAGUGUUACCGCGGCAGCGGCGGCGGCGGCGGAGACAGAGACAGUGCCUGCGGCAGUGACAAAAGAGCCACACAGGUUGGAGAGGAAGUGGACCUUCUGGUUCGACAACCAGUCCAAACCCAAACAAGGUGCGGCGUGGGGCACCUCUCUCCGCAAGGUCUACACCUUCGACACCGUCGAAGAUUUCUGGUGUUUGUAUGAUCAGAUAUUCAAGCCCAGUAAGUUGCCUGCAAAUGCUGAUUUUCACUUGUUCAAAGCUGGGAUUGAACCCAAAUGGGAAGAUCCCGAGUGUGCUGCUGGAGGAAAGUGGUCCGUCACCAGCAACAGAAAGGCUGGCCUUGAUACCAUGUGGCUUGAAACUAUGAUGGCUUUGAUUGGAGAGCAAUUUGAUGAGGCUGAUGAGAUUUGUGGUGUUGUUGCGAGUGUGCGCCAAAGGCAGGACAAAUUAGCAUUAUGGACCAAGACAGCUGCAAAUGAAGCAACCCAGAUGAGCAUUGGGAGGAAGUGGAAGGAGAUCAUUGACAUCACCGAUAAAAUAACUUACAACUUCCAUGAUGAUUCCAAAAGGGACAGAUCAGCUAAAUCUCGAUAUGGUGUGUGAUCAUGCAAUUAUUUGCUGUGAGGUUUUCCUUCUUUUGGUUGUGGAAUUGGGAUGAAGACUGUUAUCUUUGUUAUGAUCACUGAAUGACACCGCGCCACAGAAAUUUUUCAUUUUCUUUCAGUGAAUAGACUUAAGGGAUGUAAUGCUAUAACGUUCUUCAUGUUUUGAUUUUUUGGAAAAUUUCCAUUUAUAUAACUGGCUGUUUUGCUCUGCCCUCUACCUGUAACUGAAUGUUAAAUAGAUAUUGCAUUUUGCUUC